CUCCUCCCUCUUCCUCUUGCGCGUCGCCACCACCAAAUUCUAAACCGCAAUCCCGCCGCAAUCCGCUCCCCGCGCGCGAAAUCGGCUCACGCGUCCUCCGCUUUUCGGCUCACGGGUCGCUGAAUUGCUCUUUCUGCUCGCUCGCUCGCUGACUUCCACUCAACUGCUCGCCUGGCCGCCUCCUGCUAGUGCUUCAAUCGCCCGGCCCCCACUCGCUUGAAGGCUUCCGGAAGCUCGAUCCCUUCCGCUCGCUAGCUGGCUGCACAGAUCUUCCUCCCGAGGUUCCUCUUUCUACCGUCGAGUCGAAUCGGAUCACCGGAGCUAUCGGAUUCCUCAAAAUCCGAGACUUUGGCCGCCCGCCACCCCGUCUCAGUGGCGGAGCUGCUCCGUCUGGUCCGCCUCUGCCUCUCUGGCUUGGGGGCGCUCUAGGGUUCCCGCGCGCGCGCCCCGUGAUGCUCGGGAAUGGCGCUUAAGGCCACGGCGCAGGGCGCCGCGGAGGCGGCCGUAGCGGCCAUCGGCCGGGGCUACGACGUUGUUUCCGACGUCCGCCUCAAGUACUGCAAGGGCAAGCUCGCGGACCCGGACGCGCGACUCAUUGACGUUUCCCGCGAUGGGGUCCAGGACGUCCUGCUCCCCGGCGGGAUCAAGGUCGCUGCCGUCCCCAAGUCCGUCACGUGUGACAAGGGCGAGCGCACGCGGUUCCGCUCCGACGUCCUCUCCUUUCAGCAGAUGUCAGAGCUGUUCAACCGGGAGCUAUCGUUGACCGGGAAAAUUCCCUCCGGCAUGUUCAAUAGCAUGUUUGAUUUUUCCGGGUGCUGGCAGAAAGAUGCAGCUAACACCAAGUCACUUGCUUUUGAUGGUUGGUACAUUUCGCUAUAUACGCUCGCACUGUCAAAAUCUCGUAUUCUACUCCGGGAUCAUGUUACUCAGGCAGUUCCUUCAACCUGGGACCCUGCUGCUUUGGCAAGGUUUAUUGAUAAGUUUGGAACACACAUAGUUGUCGGUGUAAAAAUGGGAGGGAAAGAUGUUAUAUAUUUGAAACAACAACAUUCGUCAAGCUUGCAACCAGCUGCUGUGCAGAAACGACUCAAGGACAUGUCGGACAUGAGAUUUCUGGAUGGAAAUGGACAGUAUGACAUGAACAACAAGCAUGUGCACGGGAAGGACAAGCAUGAUGCAAGAGAUCAACGGCUAAGAUUUGUGGAAUCAAGUCCGUCAAGUUCAUACUGUUCAAAGGAGGACUUGGUGAUGGUGGUUAAGCGGAGAGGUGGAAAGGAAUGGGACAAAGAUAUGCCUCACAGUGAAUGGAUAAACACUGUUCAAUCAGAACCUGAUGUUAUCUCAAUGUCCUUUUUACCUAUUACUUCAUUGUUGAGCGGAGUACCUGGCUGUGGGUUUCUGAAUCAUGCAAUUAAUCUAUACCUGCGCUAUAAGCCUCCGAUUGAAGAACUACAUCAAUUUUUGGAGUUCCAACUACCAAGACAAUGGGCACCUGUGUACAGUGACCACCCUCUUGGUCCUCAGAGGAGGAAACAGAGCAGUGCAUCUUUGCCCUUAAGUUUUAUGGGACCAAGGCUCUAUGUCUGCACUAAUAUGGUUGAUGUGGGUGAAAGACCUGUUACUGGGAUCCGAUUGUAUCUUGAGGGGAAGAAGAGCAACAUGCUGGCAAUCCACCUUCAGCAUCUAUGCUCGCUUCCUCAGAUCCUGCAGCUCCAGGAUGAUCCAUACAACCACCGGUAUCCAGAACCAGAACCAGAACCAUAUGACCGCAAGUAUGUGGAACCAUUUGGAUCCUGGAAGCGUUUCUCACAUGUUUACACGGCACCAGUGGAGUCGGAUGACGACGACUCCAUCGUGACAGGGGCGCAGUUACAUGUGAGCAGCCAUGGGUUGACGAAGGUCCUCUUCCUCCGCCUCCAAUUCGCCAGAGUCAGCAAUGCUGCGCUCGUCAAGAAUCCCGAGUGGGAAGGGUCACCGAAUUUGGGGCAGAAAUCUGGCCUCAUCUCGACGCUUAUCAGCACGCAUUUCUCCAUGGCGGCUCAGAAGCCUGCCCCUCGCCCUGCUGAUGUGAACAUCAACUCGGCUGUGUACCCUGGCGGUCCGCCAACGCCAGUGCAGGCACCAAAGCUCCUCAAGUAUGUGGACACGGCAGAGAUGGUGCGCGGACCACAGGACACGCCGGGAUACUGGGUGGUCUCUGGUGCCAAGCUGCAGCUGGAGAGGGGCAAGAUAUCACUGCGGGUGAAGUAUUCGCUCUUGACAGCCAUGGUACCUGACGAGGAGUAUGAAGAAUGAACAAGGGUGGGAGGAACUCAGUCUCAAAAGGGGGAAGAUGGGGGCUAGCUAAUGUGCAUUUGUGCAUUGCAAGUAAAGAGUUUCAGCAUGCUUCUUUGGAAACCUGACUUAUGUGCAUCGCCUCAUCUUUCGAUUAUAACCAUUUUCUCGGCUGAUCGGCGGCUGUCCGUAGAAUCUUUGAAAUUAAAUUCGUUUUGCAG